CCAGGCUCUCUGAUCCAACCCUCAGCUAGGAACUAGGCUCUCGGUGGGGGGGCGCGCGCCUAGUCUCACCGAGGGACUGGGAAAAGGGGACGGAGGAGGGGGUCUCAGGGGAGGACCGGCAGCUCUAAUUGGUUUCUCAAUGAAAGAUAAUCACCUAUUCCCCGGAGAGGCUGGGGAUUAGCACUCUGCCUCUCCUCCCUAUCGCUUUUAGACGUCUCAUCCUCCCCUCGGUGCUUUCAGUCCAUUCAGCAGAAGUGGAUCGAAGACAGCGGCUGCUCGCGCCGCGUUAGGGGCAGCUGUGCCGCGCUCCGGUACUUAGCGCCCUUCGCUCUCGCCGCUCGCCGCCACCGCCGCCGUCCCCGCCGUCCCCGCCGCCGGAGAAAAGUUUCGCGGAGGGGCUGAGGGGAAAAUGAGCGAGCUGGAGGAAGACUUUGCUAAGAUUCUCAUGCUCAAGGAGGAGAGGAUCAAAGAGCUGGAGAAGCGGCUGGCAGAGAAGGAGGAGGAAAUCCAGGAGCUGAAGAGGAAACUCCACAAAUGCCAGUCAGUGCUGCCGGUGCCCUCGACCCACAUCGGCCCGCGGACCACCCGGGCGCAGGGCAUCUCCGCCGAGCCGCAGACUUACAGGUCUUUCCACGACCUCCGACAGGCAUUCCGGAAGUUCACCAAGUCCGAGAGGUCCAAGGAUCUUAUAAAGGAAGCCAUCCUUGACAAUGACUUUAUGAAGAACUUGGAGCUGUCACAGAUCCAGGAGAUUGUGGAUUGUAUGUACCCGGUGGAGUAUGGCAAAGACAGUUGCAUCAUCAAAGAAGGAGAUGUGGGGUCACUGGUGUAUGUCAUGGAAGAUGGGAAGGUUGAAGUUACAAAAGAAGGUGUGAAGUUGUGUACCAUGGGUCCAGGAAAAGUGUUUGGGGAGUUGGCUAUCCUUUACAACUGUACCCGGACAGCAACUGUCAAGACUCUUGUAAAUGUGAAACUCUGGGCCAUUGAUCGACAAUGUUUUCAGACAAUAAUGAUGAGGACAGGACUCAUCAAGCAUACCGAAUAUAUGGAAUUUUUAAAAAGCGUUCCAACAUUCCAGAGCCUUCCUGAAGAGAUCCUCAGCAAGCUUGCUGAUGUCCUUGAAGAGACCCACUACGAAAAUGGGGAAUACAUUAUCAGGCAAGGUGCAAGAGGGGACACCUUCUUUAUCAUCAGCAAAGGAAAGGUAAAUGUCACUCGUGAAGACUCACCAAGUGAAGACCCAGUCUUUCUUAGAACUUUAGGAAAAGGAGACUGGUUUGGAGAGAAAGCCUUGCAGGGGGAAGAUGUGAGAACAGCAAACGUAAUUGCUGCAGAAGCUGUAACCUGCCUUGUGAUUGACAGAGACUCUUUCAAGCAUUUGAUUGGAGGGCUGGAUGAUGUUUCUAAUAAAGCAUAUGAGGAUGCAGAAGCUAAAGCAAAAUAUGAAGCUGAAGCUGCUUUCUUCGCCAAUCUGAAGCUGUCUGAUUUCAACAUCAUUGACACCCUUGGAGUUGGAGGUUUCGGACGAGUAGAACUGGUCCAGUUGAAAAGUGAAGAAUCCAAAACGUUUGCAAUGAAGAUCCUCAAAAAACGCCACAUUGUGGAUACAAGACAGCAGGAGCACAUCCGCUCCGAGAAGCAGAUCAUGCAGGGGGCUCAUUCCGAUUUCAUAGUAAGACUAUACAGAACAUUUAAGGACAGCAAAUAUUUGUAUAUGUUGAUGGAAGCUUGCCUAGGUGGAGAGCUCUGGACCAUUCUCAGGGAUAGAGGUUCGUUUGAAGAUUCUACAACCAGGUUUUACACAGCGUGUGUGGUAGAAGCUUUUGCCUAUCUGCAUUCCAAAGGAAUCAUUUACAGGGACCUCAAGCCAGAAAAUCUCAUCCUAGAUCACCGAGGUUAUGCCAAACUGGUUGAUUUUGGCUUUGCAAAGAAAAUAGGAUUUGGAAAGAAAACAUGGACUUUUUGUGGGACUCCAGAAUACGUAGCCCCAGAGAUCAUCCUGAACAAAGGCCAUGACAUUUCAGCCGACUACUGGUCACUGGGAAUCCUAAUGUAUGAACUCCUGACUGGCAGCCCACCUUUCUCAGGCCCAGAUCCUAUGAAAACCUAUAACAUCAUAUUGAGGGGGAUUGACAUGAUAGAAUUUCCAAAGAAGAUUGCAAAAAAUGCUGCUAAUUUAAUUAAAAAACUAUGCAGGGACAAUCCAUCAGAAAGAUUAGGCAAUUUGAAAAACGGAGUAAAAGACAUUCAAAAGCACAAAUGGUUUGAGGGCUUUAAUUGGGAAGGCUUAAGAAAAGGCACCUUGACACCUCCUAUAAUACCAAGUGUUGCGUCACCCACAGACACAAGCAAUUUUGACAGUUUCCCUGAGGACAAUGAUGAGCCACCACCUGAUGACAACUCAGGAUGGGACAUAGACUUCUAAUGUAUUUCUCUUACCUGCUUCUGCCUUGCUGAAGACAGCUUUUUCUGAGACACAGCUGCCAGCAAACCUGAGGGAAAGAGAGAAGAUUAGUGCUCGGGGUCACCAUGAUGCCUUUGAUCGAUGCUGCUCCAGUAACUACAGUGGCAUUAGGACUUAUUGCUUAGAUGACAAUAGUGCUCUUUACAUGUUUUCUGUUUGAACCUAAAAUAGCAGUUGACAUGGUGGUCCUGAAGCAAAGCCUUUCACCAGUAAAGAGAUGUUUUCUAUUGUUGCAAUGAUCUUGCUUUGCUCUGAUUAUAAUUUGAAAGACUGUAGGAAACACUUCAAUCUAGUAAAAGAGUCUGUACUUUGCUAGAAUUUUCAAGAAGAUGAAAGAAUAAUAUAUGGGGUACGAUAGAUGACUAUGGUACAGAAACUGGGCUGUUCCCUUUCUUCAGUUGAAGGUUGCGGGAUCCGUGACUGCAAGCCGGUGUAGAUACUGUACACAAGAGGACCACACAUCUGUUGGUCACAGAGUUCAUGUCAAACCAGUGCUAGAAGUUUCAUGAUUUUAUUUCCCAGCAGUGCUGAUGACAAGACUGAAUGUUACCUUUUCUUUCUGACAGAUUUUAAAAAUUGAUAUGAUAAA